UGGUAGGAUAGCCUACUCGUAAGGAAGCCUUGAUGACAAACGAUUGUGCUGAAUUACAUGUUUCAUAUGUUUGGAAAUAUACGUUCUAAAGAUCUUACACCGAUUUCAGAUUAAGCAACGAAAGAUUCCAAGCAAUUUUAAUGCUUAAGGAAAUAUUUUUGUAAGUGAAGAAGAGGCGGAUCUUAUCGAAGUAAGCACAGUCGGUUGAGAACGUAACUUCACUUUACGUCAUACUCAGUGCCUGCUGUUCUGUGAACGGUGGUGGUCGGUGACUGAUCUCCUCGGCCUCCGGUAGCUCGCCAUUGUGUCAAGAUCCGCGACUGUCUGGAGAACACCGAGGAUAAUGCAAGUGUAGAGCGACAGGAAGAGUUCGAUGUCCAUCUUUCCUUUCCAUAUAUAUGUUCUUGGCGUCACAUUGACCCCAAUGCCGGAUUUGAAUCCCUUGCUGGAAGUACAUGUGAUAUAUGUUGGGUAACGGUGUGAAGCGCAAACUGGAAGAGGAUGAGUUGGAGGACGGCAGGAAUGUUCUGGCAGCGGGGGGUGGUGGACAAUCUAGGGCGUCCUACACCCUCCAGCGGCAGACCGUCCUCAACAUUUCCCUGAUGAAGCUGUACGGGCCACGGACAGCGGCCGAACCGGGCCUCAAGCGCCGUGUCCUGAUCAACAACAUGAUCCGCCGCAUCCACAACGAGUUCAAGGAGGAGGGCGGCCUGAGGGCGCUGUUCUUCUCUGUGGCGCCCGCCACGCAGAGUGCCGCCAUGGAGGAGGACGAAGGCUACCACGAAGCCCCGCACUCGCCCUUCGGCGUCCUCUCCUCAUCGCUGCCCGGCCUGUCGCCGCUCGACUCCUGCCUGACCCCGGCCUCGCUCCUCGAGGACGACCCGCCUCUGUUUUUCGCCUUGCCGCCGCCCUCGCCCCACCCCGGCCUCCACCCCCACUCCUCUCCCAGGCCACCGCCCCUGCCGUCGCCCAAAGACAGCUUUGCCUCGGCCUUGGAAGAAAUCGAGGAACUGUGUCCGACCUCGUUGACAACCUCCGCUACCUCCCCCUCCCUCCCCUCUCCCUCUGCUCCCUCACAGACUACCCGGGUAUUGUCCGUGGGAACAAACAUGAAGGAUGAGGGGAAAGUCCUGAGCCCUCGGGAUCCGAACCCGCUUAUGCAGGAGGAAGGCAGCGCUGUGAAAGCCGCCGAGCCCCUUCCACCCAGCAAUACAGACACAUCGUCCUCCUCUGGGGCCUUCCUCACAGACUUUGCCCUGGACGACAUUCUGUUCACGGACAUCGACACCUCCAUGUAUGACUUCAACCUCGGCGGUUCAGCCCCAAACUCCAAAAUGGCCCCCGUGGUGACUACAGAUGACCUUGUCAAGACCAUAUCUACCUUUGGUGGGGGAGGGGGGAGUUCGCCCUCCCCUCUGUCCCAAAACCAGACGUUCAAAAUGGACCUCGCUGAGCUGGACCACAUCAUGGAAGUGCUGGUGGGGUCUUGAGUGACAGUUUGAUACACCAAAACAAAGGUCACCUUUCAAGGUUACAAAAAAAAGUCCCUCCCCCCUGUACAGUUUUAUACUCAUGUCCGUAAAUUGUAAAAACAAAAUAUGUCAUCAUCUUUUCUUUUUUUUUUGGACUACACUGUGCAUGCAAAACAACAAGCUUGCUUUCCGGAAUGGAAAAACUGAUUUUGAAUGUAUGGAACGCAUUUCUUAUUACUGUCUGAGUGCCUUGGAGUGUCAGAGUCCCACCAUUCUGCUUUCAGUUUCUCAGCGACUUUUGUUUCCACAAUGCAAACAAACACAGCUCACUUUGGAAAUGCAGUAUUUCUAAUCGAGCAGUUGCAUCCAAAAUUCUAGGCUAAGGAGGGUGUUUUUGCAUAUGCAGUAUGCAUUAUAACCUUGUAGCGCUUCAGUUAAACCAAGACAGUUUUAACGCACUUAAUGCACUGCAAGCAUGUGCGUAAGGCCGCUUAAUAUUUGAAUUGGUUAAUACAUUUUGCAAUAUGGCUUAAAUACUUCAAUGUUGUCAAUUCAACAGGCGAAAGAAAUUGGUCAUAACUUAUAUAAAAAAAUAUUUGAUGAAUAUUUAGUCAGAAAUAGAUUUUAUUAGUUGAUACGAUGCAAAAUGUCAGACUGAAUUCUCUUAUCUUGAUUGUUGAAGUGUUACUUUAACACUGAAUGCUGUCGUCUACAUUUUAUCCAUCGAUUAUUUUAAAAGUUCAGUUAUUUAACUGAACUUUUGACACGGUUGUUGUCAGUCUAUGCCUUAUGUUUUUAAUUCAUUAGAAUUUGAUCAAAAUAGGAUUUCUACACUAGUCUCAUUUUUUACAGUUCAGAAUUGCCGCCAAGAAAUUACAAAUGGUUCAUAAAUUUUAUUUGAAGUAUUAUGAAGUUAUUUAUUACCUUGCAUUUACAGUGUACAUAUAUUUAUUCUAACAUGACACUAACAUUUUUGGGUUGUACAGAACAUGGAACGUAUUCAGCUA